UACGCGUGUGCGUGUCUGAUUGUAUGGGUUGUUCGCAGUACCGGGAAAUCGUGUUUGGCGCUCGCGUAUCGUUUUCCAAGUUGUUCGACAACGACGACAGUGACGACAGAUUUCCUUAGGCUCUAUCGCGCGAACAUCCAUCGGCGAUUUGCAUUUUGAACGGAACCAGGCUGGUCUAGGACAAUGUCGGAAACGUGAAGGACGCCUCAAAGCGUCUGCGACAGGACGAUGCAGAAAUGGUGACGGUCUUCGAUAUUCAGCGGCCAGGCGUUCGUCCUGUGGGAGAUAGAGACCAGAAGUAAGGAUGGCCUUUCACUGGGAUAAGCUCUCACCAGCAGAAUUUCAACAGCUCCAGAACUUGGUCGCUUAUUCUACGCGAAAGCUGCAGGAUGUCCUCGCCGAAUUUUGCGGAUCAAACACAACGUCCAGCGGUACUCCGAAAUACCACCCGGACGGGGACAUCGAUUACGAGGGAUUUCGGAAAUUCCUGGACACCUAUCUCGAAGACGCCACACCCGACGAACUGUCGCGACACCUUUUUCUAUCGUUCGUCAAAAAGGUGCCGCGCGGAGUCGACGGGAAAGCUUUCAAAGAGAUGGCCGUGCUAUCAUCGACGACCGGCUGUGCCGCAAUCACGUCCCACACAACGUCCAGCAGCAACGUGAACAGCACUGGUAUGCCUGGAGGAACAUCGAUAGAGAGUCACGGUGGUUCUUCGUUGGCCGAUAAAAUUCACAGCCUCACAGAAAAGUUGCAGGCCCUGGGACACCAUCGAACGGAAAGCGAAGCAUCCAGCAGGACCCGAACAGGAAGCGUACAUCCCAUAUUGAUGAUACAGCACACUUCGUACAGCUGCCACGACGUUAUCGAGAAAAAGAGCACCGAUAGCAGCCCCAGCCAUAGCCAAAUGUCACGGAAUUCGUCCAGGAAGUCGAACAAUUCGCUGCUCGUCAACAACGGGAAAUUGGAAGAGAUGAGACAUCUUGUCAGGAAGCAGAGCACGAUAGACGUUCAUUCGGUUAAAGUCAGCCUCAAGGAUAUCGUCUGUUAUCUUUCUCUCCUGGAAGCUGGUAGACCGGAGGAUAAAUUAGAAUUCAUGUUCCGACUGUACGAUACGGAUGGAAAUGGCGUUCUUGACACCAACGAGAUGGACUGCAUUGUUAAUCAGAUGAUGAAUGUCGCCGAGUAUCUCAAAUGGGACGUCUCGGAAUUGAAACCGAUACUGCAAGACAUGAUGGUAGAAAUAGACUACGAUGCUGAUGGCACGGUGUCUCUGGAGGAAUGGAAAAGGGGUGGUCUGACGACGAUUCCGUUGUUGGUACUCCUGGGUCUGGACUCGCACGAGAAAGAGGACGGAAAUCAUCUCUGGAGGCUCAAGCACUUUAGCAAGCCUGCCUAUUGCAAUCUCUGUUUGAAUAUGUUGGUUGGCCUCGGCAAGAAAGGACUUUGUUGCGUUUUUUGCAAGUACACGGUCCACGAAAGGUGCGUUCAGAGAGCGCCGGCAUCUUGCAUAGCCACUUACGUAAAGAGCAAGAAAACGUCGCAAACGAUGACUCAUCACUGGGUCGAGGGUAACUGUCAUGGGAAAUGUUCCAAAUGUAGAAAGACCAUAAAGAGUUACAACGGCAUCACGGGUCUGCACUGCAGAUGGUGUCAAUUGACCUUGCAUAACAGAUGCGGCUCGCAAGUGAGGACGGAAUGCACUCUUGGCGAGUUUGCGGUUCAUAUACUGCCGCCUACAGCAAUAUGUCCGAUCGUCCUGGACAGACAAAGAUCCUUGUCGCGGGAUAGCAAACGGGGAAGCAAACAUGGCCAGGAUUCGUCGUCCAUGAGCUCCACUGGGUUUUUAACAUCCGGCAACGCGUCGAACCAGCAGCCAGCGAUGUCCUUCCAAAUCACCCCACCGCCCGGUAUAGUGCCCCUGCUAGUCUUCAUAAAUCCAAAAUCCGGUGGCAGACAAGGCGAACGCAUGCUGAGGAAGUUCCAAUACAUCUUGAACCCGCGACAAGUUCAUAAUCUGGCCAUGGGUGGACCCAUGCAGGCCCUGCAAAUGUUCAAGGACGUGGAGAACUUCAAGGUGAUCUGCUGCGGGGGCGACGGUACCGUUGGCUGGGUUUUAGAAACCAUGGAUCGUGUUCAAUUCGAACACCAGCCCGCUGUAGGCGUUAUUCCGUUGGGUACAGGCAACGAUCUUGCGAGGUGUUUGCGGUGGGGUGGCGGUUACGAGGGCGAAGCUAUCCACAAAGUCCUCAAAAAAAUAGAAAAGGCGACGUCCGUGAUGAUGGAUCGUUGGCAAAUAGAGGUGCUGGAUCAGAACGAUGAGAAGAAACCGAACCAAGACAGUAUUCCAUACAAUAUCAUCAAUAAUUAUUUUUCGGUUGGCGUCGACGCGGCGAUAUGCGUGAAAUUCCACAUGGAGAGGGAGAAGAACCCCGAGAAGUUCAACAGUAGGAUGAAAAAUAAGCUAUGGUACUUCGAGUACGCGACCACGGAACAAUUCGCUGCCAGCUGCAAGAAUCUUCACGAAGACCUUGAAAUCAUUUGCGACGGAGUGCCGUUGGAUUUGGCUCACGGACCCUCCCUUCAAGGAGUCGCGUUACUGAACAUUCCUUUUACUCACGGAGGCUCGAAUCUCUGGGGCGAACAACAUCAGAAACACCGACUGGGCAAACGAAAAAAACGACCGGACAAGGAACUCAGCACCAGUAGCUUUAAUUCGGUCGAUCUCACAGCCGCGAUACAAGAUAUCGGAGACAAUCUCAUAGAGGUGAUCGGUUUAGAAAACUGUUUGCACAUGGGUCAGGUGAAAACAGGACUUCGUCAUUCCGGGAGGAGAUUGGCCCAGUGCAGCAGUGUCACCAUCACCACGAGCAAGAGAUUCCCCAUGCAGAUCGAUGGGGAACCGUGGAUGCAGGGCCCAUGCACUAUUCACAUAACGCAUAAAAACCAAGUCCCGAUGUUGAUGGCGCCUCCGCCAGAGAAGGGUCGGGGGUUCUUCCGUUUCUUAAGAAGGUGAACUCCGCC